UGGUGAGUUGCCACGUCAGAAGGACACGUCAGCAGGCCACGUCAGCAGGACACAACAGCAGGCCACGUCAGCAGACACAUCAGCAGAACCACGUCAGCAGCAAGGGAUACCUUAUCAGCAGGCCCCGGCCGGUCUAUGCUGUUGAGAUCUCAAACAGCAGUCAUGGACCAGAGGCCCGGAGAAGCGGACGAGGCCUAUCAGGCCCGCAUGCUGGCCUGGAGUGCGGAGACUAAGAAACGGGCAGAUGACGCUGCAGCAGCAGCGAAGAAGAAGGCGGAAGAUGCAGAGCAGGCACGUCUGCUGGCACUUGAACAACAGCGCCAGCAUGACGAGGCAGCAGCAAGGGCUGCCGAUGAAGAAAGAAUACAGCGACGUGAGAAGAUAUUCACUGGAGAGUGGGCGUUACUUACCAUGGCAGCGGCAUGGCGGACCGAGGCCGAGGAUGGCAAGCUGGAGGACAGCGCCAACAAGAGAGCGCUCCUCCUCUCGCAUCUCACGGAUCUCCUGGCCACCUGCAUUACACAGCAGGCUCAUCUCCAAGACCGCCUUCAGCAGUUGGAGCAGCGACUAGUCGCCGCCGCAAACGCAAGCUCUUCCAACACUACCGACCGCCUCAAUGCAUUGGAGAUGGACGUCGGUGCACUCAAGGAUGGCGUACAAUCGCAGCAGACCGCGACACAGCAAUUGCAACAGCGGAUCUGCACUACCGCCACCACUUCGAGUACAGAACCGCGCGAGACCACUCCAAAGUUCGACCUGUCCAACGUCAAGGAACACAAGCAUCACGCCUACUUGUACUCUCGCGCAGGGGGCGCGUGCCAGGCUUGCUUGAACAACCUCCUGUCCAAGUAUGGAGUGGUAGCAGCGGACUUGCACACCGUGAUCAACUGGGAUGAUCUGAAGGCGGCGUGGCACAAGCGAUUCCAGUUGGAGCCGCCAGAGAUCAAAGCCAUGGACAAGCUCAUGGUCUUUGAGCAAGGCACGCUGCCGAGUACGGACUGGAUCGCCAAGUACCAACGCUUGACGUCAGUCCCAGACAUCCAGAUGGGCUUCAAGGCCAUCCGCCAUUACUUCAUCUCAAGGUCAUGUCCAACAUUGAGCAAUGCCCUGAUGCAUGUCGAAGACACCUUGACGACGACGGCGGAGUUGUUCGACAAGGCUGYGCAGAUCAUUAUCACAAACAAGGAGGCCAAGAACCUUCAUUCAUCUGCGUCAGGCCCGAGCAGGGACCAGCAUCGGCCAAGAGUGGCCAUGGUCGCAGCGGCAACGCCAUUAGACCAAACCAGCGAGGCUGUGUCUGCAAGUGAAGGAGUCAGACUCGCAGCCGCCCGGGAAGGCUUGCCCAUUGAAAGGCAAGGGCAAACAAGGAAACUGAGCACCGCCGAGAGUGACUCGACGACACUCUCGACGCCUUCGGAACCGGUUUCUUCGCGAGUAGCCGGCCUUCAUUCCGAGGCGCAUGUGAAAGUCGAUUGUCCUCCUCUUCUACUUUCUUUUGAGGACUUUGUUGCCCGGCUCGUUCCAACGCUGGGUACUCGAGCUCAAGGACAAGGAGUGUGUGCGGUUUCUUCUCCGUUCGGCAACGGCGACACUUCGUCUUCAAGUGAUUCUUCACGGGAAUUGGCGCGCGAGUUCAACAUAGAGGCAUUGGACCCGCUCACGUCUGAGGACUUUGCAUGGCUUCCUCUCCCAACCACCGACCGAUUGCAAUGCGCAGCACUUAGCGCUAAUCUUCACACUUACCUAUCCUUCUAUGCACCACCAACUUCGCCGACGGAUGACGAAGUCGAGGUGGGGGACAUCUUGGCGUAUACUACCAAGGUGCCCCGCGAGUUUCGCACGCAGCGGUACGAUGAGAACGCACCGCUGAUGAAUGUCCGCAUUCAGGUUGGGCAGGCGUCCUGCAGCGCUUUGCUGGAUAGCGGCGCGACUCGCAACUUCAUGAGCCAAUCCUUUAUGCCAAGGGCUGGCCUUGGCGCACAGGUUCGGAGGAAGGCAAACUCAACGGCGAUCAAGUUGGCGGACGGUAAGACGCAGCAACAUCUCGACCGUUACAUCGAGGCCGUACCGGUCUACUUCGCACCUCAUGCAUGCGAACCGGUCACGUUCGAUAUUCUCGACACGGACUUCGACAUCAUUCUGGGAAUGCCUUGGAUUGCAAGUGCGGAUCACACGGUCAACUUCCAUCGGCGGACUCUUAGCGUUCGCGACGCCUUCGGCGCGGAAGUGGCGUGUACUGUUCCUCUACCGCACUCUUCGAUCCGGUGCCAAGUGGUAACGGCCAAAUCAUUCCGGGCGACUUGUGCCUACGAGCAGCCCGAUGAGAUCGGCCUAUGUUUCCUACAGACCGUCGCGGUAGCCGACUCUUCCCCCACGGACUUGUCUUCGGACCCCUGUGUGGUGCGGUUGCUGGACGAGUUCGCCGAAAUCUUCGAGUCACCUACCGGUGUGGUGCCGGAUCGGCCGAUCUCUCACGAGAUCAUUCUUGAGGCCGGUGCUGUGCCGCCGAAAGGUUGCAUCUAUCGGAUGAGCGAGGAGGAGCUUGAGGUACUCCGCGCACAACUCGAUGAUUUGUUGGCCAAAGGCUGGAUCCGCCCGAGCAGCUCCCCAUAUGGAGCACCUGUUCUCUUCGUCAAGAAGAAGAACAAGGAUCUACGAUUGUGUAUCGACUACYGCAAGCUCAACGCGCAAACCAUCAAGAAUGCGGGGCCUCUUCCUCGCAUCGACGAUCUUCUCGAGCGACUGGGCGGCGCGAAGUAUUUUUCCAAGUUGGAUUUGAAAUCGGGAUAUCAUCAAAUCUCGAUCCAGCCGCACGAUCGCUACAAGACCGCGUUGAAGACACGGUACGGGAAUUUUGAGUGGGUGGUCAUGCCUUUUGGCCUCACCGGCGCCCCGACGACGUUCCAGGCGGCGAUGACCAACGAGUUCCGUGCAAUGUUGGACCGGUUCGUGCUGCUCUACUUAGACGAUAUUCUCGUCUACAGCCGAUCAUUGGAGGAUCAUCUGGGGCACCUUCGACGAGUGUUGGAGACGCUCCGCCGCGCCAAGUAGAAGGCCAACCGCGACAAGUGUGAAUUUGCCCGGCAGGAGCUGGAAUACUUGGGCCAUUUUAUCA